CGAGCACAGAAAAAGAUAAUGCACUCAAGCGAUUGAGGGAGAGGAAGACAGGCAGAGCUGGACAACUUGACUAUUUUUAAACGAGACAGUAUCCCUCCGUGCUGUGCGCUUGUGUGGUUACAAACAGGAGCCUACUAACAUGGGAUUCUGAAUUGCCUGUCAACUAAAAAUCUAUUCGGAAAAUAAGGACAUUACCGAGGAUUAUUACGGCAAAUAACGGUUCAACUCAACUGCCUGGUUUGAUAUUUUAAUAUGCGUGCUACCAGUGGUAUAUUAUAGACUCAUUGUUUUCCAUUCUAACUUUCACAGCAUUGUUGCCUUCAAUUUGGUAAACAUGUGAAGCGUAUCGUGCUUUAAAAAAAUCGACUGGAUUUGGAACUGUAACAACAAGCACAUUUUUAUCCCUCUUUGUAAUUCGCAUACUGUUCACAGGAAAAACGUUUUGCGGAGUUUGACCAUAGGAGAUAACUUUAAUACUGAUUAAAGUUAUCUCGCCAACUUGGAACUCACGGAUAUGCUACAAUGCUUUCAUCAGAUUUGACAGUGGGGAAAUUUACACGUUGGGCACCAGUUUUUUUCCUCCAAGCAAUUUUUCUCAUGGGAUGAAAUAUUUAACUUCUAUUUUCUGUUUUAAUACGUGAAGUAUUUCGUGAUACAUACACUUUCCUGAUAUCACCAUGGAUGUUUUUAAUUUGAGGAUUGCCAUUUUACUGUGGUGCCAACUUGUUAUUGUUGCAUCCAGCUUGGAGAUCGGAGCCUAUGAUCUAGAGAGAGGCAGACAUGCAAAAUGCGAACCCAUCACCAUCCCCAUGUGCCAGGGCAUUGGCUACAAUAUGACAAGAAUGCCCAACUUCAUGAAAUAUGCAAGCCAAGCAGAGGCCAGCAUCAAACUGAAUGAGUUUUCCCCUCUCGUGGAAUAUGGCUGUGACAUUCACCUGCGCUUUUUCCUCUGCUCCCUCUACGUCCCCAUGUGCACUGACAAAGUGUCCACCACCAUUCCUGCCUGCCGACCAAUGUGUGAGCAGGCCAGGCAGAAGUGCUCUCCCAUCAUGGAGAAGUUCAGCUUCGGCUGGCCUGACUCACUGGACUGCUCCAAGCUUCCCACUAAAAAUGACCCCAACUCCCUCUGCAUGGAGGCGCCUGAGAAUGACACAAAGCAGGAGACCAAGAAGGGGGAGGGCAUGCUCCCGGUGCCCCCCAGACCCAGGCAGCCCAGCUCAGGUACCAGCGGGCGCUCUGGCACCAGCCUGGGCUCCUGCGAGAACCCGGAGAAGUUCCAGUACGUGGAGAAGAGCCAGUCGUGCGCCCCACGCUGCUCCUCUGCAGUAGACGUGUUCUGGUCAAAGAAGGACAAGGACUUUGCCUUCAUCUGGAUGGCGGUGUGGUCCACACUCUGCUUUGUCUCCACCGCCUUCACCGUCCUCACCUUCCUGCUGGACCCGCAGCGCUUCCAGUACCCGGAGCGGCCCAUCAUCUUCCUCUCCAUGUGCUACAAUGUCUACUCGGUGGCCUUCGUCAUCCGCUCGGUGGCUGGGGCCGAGAACAUCGCCUGUGACCGGGAGAAUGGCGAGCUCUACAUCAUCCAGGAGGGGCUGGAGUCCACGGGCUGCACCAUCGUAUUCCUCAUCCUUUACUACUUUGGUAUGGCCUCAUCCAUCUGGUGGGUCAUCCUCACCCUCACCUGGUUCCUGGCCGCUGGUAAGAAGUGGGGCCACGAGGCCAUCGAGGCCCACAGCAGCUACUUCCACAUGGCCGCCUGGGGCAUCCCAGCCAUGAAGACCAUAGUCAUCCUCACCAUGAGGAAGGUGGCCGGGGACGAGCUGACGGGGUUGUGCUACGUAGGCAGCAUGGAUGUCAACGCCCUGACUGGCUUCGUGCUCAUCCCUCUGUCCUGCUACCUGGUCAUUGGCACCUCCUUCAUCCUCACGGGCUUCGUAGCGCUCUUCCACAUCCGCAAGAUAAUGAAGACAGGCGGCACUAACACGGAGAAGCUGGAGAAGCUGAUGGUGAAGAUCGGUGUGUUCUCCAUCCUGUACACGGUGCCCGCCACCUGCGUCAUCAUAUGCUACUUCUAUGAGAGGCUCAACAUGGACUACUGGAAGUUCCGGGUUCUGGAAAGCAAGUGUGUUUCAUUCCCUGGACGCCGGAACGAGGACUGCUCCCUGGAGGAGUCGGUGCCCACCGUGGCGGUGUUCAUGCUGAAGAUCUUUAUGUCUCUGGUGGUGGGCAUCACCAGCGGUGUGUGGGUGUGGAGCUCCAAGACCCUGCAGACCUGGCAGGGUCUGUGCAACAGGAAGCUGGCGGUGCGGACUAGCAGGAAGCCCUGUGGCAGUGUCAGCUGCAGCAGCUCCCACUGCCACUAUAAGGCCCCAGCCGUGGUGCUCCACAUGUCCAAAACAGACUCUUACAUAGAGAGCCCAACACACGUCUGACACUUCAAGUGACAUUUCUCAAAGUGUUUUGUAAAGACAAUGCCAAAGGGAAAGGAGGUUAUUUUGUUAUGUGAUCAUUUGAAAAGCUCAGGUUGGACUGCAUCUGAUGUUCGUUGAGUAGCAAUACCUGAAAGUGACAGUGUUUGUGCUGUCGUUUGGGAACAUUAUCCAAAUUGUUUGCAGUUAAACCACACAGUUUGGUGCAAAAGCAAAAUCAGAUAAGCUUCUAAAGGGAACAUUUAUUGUAUAGCAUGCCAUACAAUUGGUUGUUUCUGCUUAACUAACUGAACAUGAAUGCAAAAGAGAACUGGCAUGGAUGUAUCAAUAUUUGGUUUAUGCUCCCCUCCCUGUAAGUUUAUUUAUUGUGUUGUAUAUUUAAUUGCAAGUUCUUCAUGGUGUUUCAUAAGUUUUUGUAUAUUGUAUGUAAGUGCACGUACUAAAGAGUUAUGAGAUGAAUAUAGGGUCUGUUGAGAUGUACAAGUGCCUUUUGAAUAUGUAUAUUUUUUUUAAAAAUUGACGUUAAUAAAACAUAUUUAUAUAUUUUCACUGAUGACUUUACUCUCUCCAUUACUUUACAACAUAUGUCAACUUGUUAGGGGUAGUUGUCAUAAACAUGAGCAAAGCAAAGACAUUCUACAAUAGUAUAAAAAUGUUUUGGUUUAAAUAACUGCUUUGAGAAUAUUCAUUUUGCCAAAAAACAUUUUGAUUUAGAUUUGCUACAGUGCCUCUUCAAAUUGACAAGCUCUACAGUGGUCAUUUUUGUUGAGGUAAUAAUGAUCUAAGAUGCAAGAAUAUAUUGUAUGAAUAAAAUAAAUAUAUCAUUAGUUUGGGUGACGUUCCUACAUGUAUUCAUUUUUGUUUAUUUUUCAGUAGACUUUGAUGACCUUGUGGACCCACCUACAGUAUGAAGCUCUCACUGGCAAAACUAGUCAUAUUUUCCCAAGUGACAUCA